CUCUGACUUGCCUGAAUCCGAGAAUCUUGUACCUGGCUACACCCCCUUGGGAUACACAAGUUGCGCAAGUCUGAUAUAAAUACGCUCCUGGUAUCAGUUGGGUACUUCUCGACACAAUGCCUGGGUCACCCAUCAUUGAGCCGCAGCGGUGGAAAGACAUUAUCAAUCUUUCCCGAUGCCCGCACAAGGAUAGAGCAAGUCGGCCGCCAUCAAACCGAGUGACUUAGUUUGUUUCCUGGCGCAUGAAAGUCUGCGGUUGAGAGGUCUACUCCAAAUUCUUCGUUAAGAAGGGGCGGUUUAGGUGUUCUUAGACACUCUAUCCCUGAAUUUCAUCUCUAUUUGUUCGGGUAUGGCCGCCGAGGCUCGAACAGGUGCAAUCGCCAACAACUAAGAAGGUGGUAACGACACAGGUACUAGUGACAACGUACAAAUGCGGAGCAACUAGCUUGAACAUACAUGCAAAAUGCAGCAAUGUAGUCCUAAUGGAACCAGCAUUGAAUUUCAACCACCUCUUCCAAACUAUUAGCCGG